CCUUCUCCCGGUGAACGGCGGCGAGCGGCGAGCGGCAUGGCCGUGUGGACCCGCGCCUGUAAAGCGGGGCUGCUGGAGCUGCUGCUACGGGAACGUUGGGUGCGGGUAGCGGCGGAACUGAGCGGCGAAGCGUUGAGCCUGACGGCGGAACCGGGAGGCGGCGAGACGGCGGUGCUUAACGGCGUGGUUAACGGCAACGCGGAGGCGGCGCCCGGUUGCGUGCGGAGGGUGCGGGUGGUGAAGGCGGAGGCGGGAGGGCUCGGUAUCAGCAUCAAGGGAGGUCGGGAGAAUCGUAUGCCGGUGCUCAUCUCGCGUAUCUUCCCGGGGCUGGCGGCGGAACGGAGCGGGGCGCUCCGUCUGGGCGACGCCAUCCUCGCCGUUAACGGCGUCGAUCUCCGGGAUGCCACCCACGAUCAAGCCGUCCAGGCGCUGAAGAGAGCCGGCAGGGAGGUCAUCCUCGAAGUGAAGUUCAUGCGGGAGGUGACCCCCUACAUCAAGAAGCCCUCGCUGGUGUCGGACCUGCCGUGGGAGGGGGCCGCCCCGCAGUCGCCCAGCCUGAGCGGCAGCGAGGACUCAGGCUCCCCCCAGCACCAGGGCCCCCGCGACCGCAAGGUGAUCCCCCUGAAGAUGUGCUUCGCCGCCAGGAACCUCAGCAUGCCCGACCUGGAGAACCGGCUGAUCGAGCUGCACUCGCCGGACAGCAGGAACACCCUGAUCCUGCGCUGCAAGGACACGGCGACGGCGCACUCCUGGUUCACGGCCCUGCACGCCAACAUCACCGCCCUGCUCCCCCAGGUCCUGGCCGAGCUCAACGCCAUGCUGGGCACCGGCGGCGCCGCGGCCGGCGGCAGGGAGGUGAAGCACAUCGCCUGGCUGGCUGAGCAGGCGCGCCUGGACGGAGGGCGGCAGCAGUGGCGGCCGGUCCUCAUGGCGGUGACGGAGAAAGACCUGCUGCUGUACGACGGCAUGCCCUGGACCAGGGACGCCUGGGCUUCCCCCUGCCACAGCUACCCGCUGGUGGCUACCAGGCUGGUCCACUCGGGCUCGGGCCGCCGCUCGCCCUCCCUGGGCUCGGAGCUCACCUUCGCCACCCGGACGGGCUCUCGCCAGGGUGUGGAGAUGCACGUCUUCCGCGUGGAGACCCACCGGGACCUCUCCUCCUGGACACGCGUCCUCGUCCAGGGCUGCCACGCCGCCGCCGAGCUGGUCAAGGAAGUGACCGUGGGCUGCACGCUGGGUGGGCAGGAGGUGCAGCUCUCCAUCCACUACGAGGGCGGCUUCACCAUAUGCCGGGAAGAGCCGGGCGGCAGCGUCCUCUUCCGCUACCCCUACGAGAGGCUGAAGAUGUCGGCAGACGACGGCAUCAGGACCCUCUACCUGGACUUCGGGGGCCCCGAGGGGGAGCUGGCGCUGGACCUGCACUCCUGCCCCAAGCCCAUCGUCUUCAUCCUGCACACCUUCCUCUCGGCCAAAGUCACCCGCAUGGGGCUGCUGGCGUAGGCGGCCCCGGCCCCCACCACAAACCAGCCGGGGACAGCGGAGGGGCCCCCCCCCUCGCCCCUCCAGCCCCACCAGUGCCUUGCCGGGGCUGGGACUCGCUGCCCCGAGAGCCGCCGGGGAUAUGGCAGGACGGCUGUGCCGGCAUGGGGGUGAGCCUCUCCUGCUCCGUGCUGGCGGUCCCGGCCCCCCCCCCCCCCCAGCACAAGGGGGGGCCGGGGCACAGACACCAGCUUUAACCCCCCCCGGGGCCUGAAGCCAUCACUGAUCUCACCGCCUGUGCCUUGGAGCGGGGCGAGCCUGGCCCCCUCCCCCCCAAUUGGGGGACCCCCGGUGUUCCCCCCACCCACGUUGGGGGGAGCCAGCGCCCUCCCUGCCUUGGGGCUCCCCCCAAACGGGGUCACAUUGUCCCUGCAUGGGACGGGGCUUGGGCCACGAAGCCCCCCCCGGCAUUGCUGCAGCAUGGGAUCCCCUUGCCCCGCUCAGGGUGGGGAACACACACUUGUCUUACUGGGGGCCCUCGCGGGGACGGACGGGGCUGCCCCCAGCCCCGGGUUGCUCAUCCCUGGGGGGGGGCAGGCAGGGUGCAGCCCCCCGACCCCCCCCCGCUGCCCCCAAACCUCCCAAAGCUGGAAAACAAAUCUGCCCCGGGGCAGAGGGGCUGGGGGCUGCCUGGGGAGCCCCCCGGGGCUGCCCCCAGGGCUUCCCCCUGCCCCCCACUGCAGCCUGUGCCCCCCUGCCCGGGAGCUGCUGCGUGGGUCCGGCCCCGCGCUGCCGGGGGGGCUCGCAGGCCCCUCGUGGGUUUGGGGCAGGACGUGUAGAUUGAUGCACUUUUGCUUUUUGUACUUUCCCUCCCCCCGGGAGGGGGGGCAGCUCCUGCACCCCAGGGUGCUGGGGGGAGCCCCGGCCAUGGUGGGAGUGGGACCCCCCCCGGGCUCCCCCCUCCCGGCUGAGGCCCUGUUACCCCCUCAGCCAAACUCUGCACAUUUUUCUGCUUCCCAUGGGGUUGUGCUGGCUGGGUGCUGGGGGGGGGGGGGGUCUGGUGGGGUGCCAGGGGGUGCCAGCCCCCGGCCUGGGGUUGUGGCUUGCACACAGGCACUACAGGUCCUGCCCCCCCCCUCCGCC